UAUAAGAGUUUUUAGGUUAUGUGUCACUUGUGCAUCAUCUAAUAGAUUCUCUAUUAAAUGUUAUUGCGCGACGUUGAGUUGUUGGAAUUUUAAUCCGUGCUUAGUUUUAAUAAAACUAAGUGUUCUAGCGAAAUUUUAAAAAUUUUCAACAAGUCAUGGCUGAUCAAACAGAAAGAGCUUUUCAAAAACAACCUACUGUUUUCUUGAACCGCAAAGAAUCUAAAAAGAAGAAGUCUCUUCGUCAUUAUCGUAACAUUGGUCUUGGUUUUAAAACUCCAAGAGAGGCAAUUGAUGGAACUUACAUUGACAAAAAAUGCCCAUUCACUGGUAAUGUUUCUAUCAGAGGACGUAUUCUAACAGGAGUCGUACGUAAAAUGAAAAUGCAAAAGACAAUUGUUAUUCGAAGAGAUUAUUUACAUUACAUCAGUAAAUAUAACCGUUUUGAAAAACGUCACAAAAAUAUGUCUGUUCAUUUAUCUCCUUGUUUCCGGGAUGUAGAAAUUGGAGAUAUUGUCACAAUUGGUGAAUGUCGACCACUAAGUAAGACAGUCAGAUUUAAUGUGUUGAAAGUAACCAAAGGAACAGGUGCCAAGAAAGGUUUCAAAAAAUUCUAAGUUUAAAUGUAAUACUAUUGACUAUUAUUAUUUACAAUAAAAACUGGAAAACCAAA